CUCAGAAUCUCUGUUCGAAUUUACAAUGUAUAAAGAACCUAAACCAUUGAGUGCCCUUGCUAUGAAGCAUUGUGCUGUUCUGUGUGCAUAAGCAAGUCCCAUCCCGUUUGUGUAGAAGCAGAAUAAUACUCGGAAGUGCGUCAGCUCAGAUGACUGGAGGCUGCACCCGGUGUCAACUCGCCGCUCAGUGUGCAUCUUGCCAGUUUCAGCAACAUUUUCACACUUUGGGUCCAUCACGGGUUCAACUUGUGGCUGGCCUUUGUUGAGCCACACACCGUUAACGAUCCUUAAGAGAACGCAUUUAUUCCGAGAUGGAUGAGGAAAUCAAUCUUUUGAAAGAAGAAGACGACGAAAAGGGCCGCUCUGUGAGCAUCGACCUGCAGGGGGAGCCCGCGCUGCGUGUGUCGAUCACGGACGCCGUGAGCGAGCGAGACCGGGUCCUCUUCACAGUUUGCACCAAGACAAUUUUGCCAGCCUUCAAGAACAGCAAGGUGUGUGUAUCGCGCCAGUACGAAGACUUUGUGUGGCUGCAUGACUCAUACGUGGAGAACGGAACCUACGCGGGCUUCAUUAUCCCCCCAGCGCCACUGCGACCCGAUUUCUCAGCCUCGCGCGAUAAGCUGCAUAGGCUGGGUCAGUCCGAGGGAACGAUGACAAAGGAAGAAUUUUCCAGAAUGAAACAAGAAGUGGAAGCUGAGUAUCUGGUGGUGUUCAAGAAGACUGUGGCCAUGCAUGAGGGCUUCUUGGUCCGACUGGCUACCCACCCUGUCCUCAGCCAGGACUCCAACCUACAGGUCUUCCUCGAGUACACGCAUGAGUUGAACGUGCGGGGCAAGAAUAAGAAGGAGAUGCUGGGAGGAUUCUUCCGGAACGUGGUGAAGUCUGCGGACGAGCUGGUCGUCUCCGGAGUUGAGGAUAUCGACGAGUUCAUGGAGCAUGAGAAAGUCUUCUUGGUGGAUUAUCAUUCGCGAAUCAAAGAUGCCACCACCAAGGCUGACAAAAUGACAAAAGCACACAAGAACAUCGCAGAGGACUACCUCCACAUCUCAGCCAGCUUCACCAGCCUGGCCACACAGGACUCCAGGAACUUUAGCAAGUUAUACCUUUGUAUUGCUGAUGUGCUGGAAAAAACAAGGAAACUAGAGGGACGGGUGGCUUCUGAUCAAGAUCUGAAGCUCUCAGACCUGUUUCGAUAUUACAUGAAGGACUCGCAAGCUGCCAAGGACUUGCUGUACCGGCGGACCAGGGCUCUCGUAGAUUACGAGAACGCCAACAAAGCGCUGGACCGCGCACGCACCCGCAACAAGGACGUUUCUGCAACCGAAAGCCAGCAACAGACCUCCUUCCAGCGCUUUGAAAAGCUGUCCUCUACUGGAAAGCAGGAGCUGAAGGAUUUCAGGUGCAGGCGAGUGAUGGCAUUCCGCAAGGGGCUGGUGGAGCUUACAGAGCUUCAGCUCAAACACUGCAAGGCAAAUCUGCAAGUCCUACAAAUCUGUCUGGGCCAGAUACAAGAUGCUAACUGACAGAUGUCAUCUUUGGGAUAAAUAAACGCAUUCCAACAUAAACUUUAAAAGUGCCGUCUUACUGCAUGGCAUUAAAGUCUUCACCCAAAGACAUGUUUAAUUAAGAGAGGAACCAUACAUUUAUAUAAAAUGCUCUCGAUUGAAGUAACACCAACCCAGCUGUCGAUCAAGAUUGCGAUAAAGGCCAGUACAUUGCUCAUAUGUUUUAAACGCCCUUGAGAGUUAUGCUUGAUUACAUACCACAUUGCCAGGCACCAAGGAGCACUCUAUUGAUAAGACAUACAUUCUGUUCUUUGGGACCCAGAUAAUGCCUGGACAUCCGGUUUUUUAGCCAUACAAUUGCAAUCGUUAUACUGUAUAGCCAACCUAUCCGUGCAUUCAAGUCGUACACAUUUAGAUUUGUGCAUACCCAAUUUAAUAUUAACUUUCAAUUUUUUUUACUAAUAAUGAUCAAUUCUUGAACUGCAAUCUUUCAUUUAUGUUAUCAAUUUAAUUUUGUUUGCGUAUACAGUAUGGAAUUUUUUACAGUAGAUUUACAUUAUUUGGUUUAAUUCUACAUUGACUAUAAAAGGUAUGGAUAAAGACAAGAGAUUAUAUGUUAAAUUAAUAAAUAAGUGUGCGAUAUUUCUUACGUGAAAACAUACCAUGUAGUACUAUACUCCAUUAGUUUUGAAGUAAAAAAACAUUUUGGAAAUAAGUCUGGAGUGAUAUUUGUCAAAUAAAAACCGUGGAAACUA